GACUGCUAGAAUAGCCUGGCUGACGUGGGAUUGUUUUGCCAGCAUUUUCCUGCUCGUUUUUCCUCGAUUUCCACUGAUAACACGCGUCCUUCUUGUGUGACUUGUCGUGAUAGAGAUUGUAGAGAUGCUGAACAUUCAAACCCACAUGGACUUUGAGGGACAAGGGCGAGCCGAGAAGCUCUCCAGGAUCUUAAUAACACUCUUUGGGAUUGUCGGAUUGAUUUGGGGUGGCUACACGCAGCAGUUUUCUGAGACUGUCCUGUUUCUGGCUGUUGGAUUCCUCGUCACUGCUUUGAUCACAGUUCCACCCUGGCCGUUCUACAGACGGAAGCCUCUCAACUGGCAGAAGCCGCGAGGAGAUUCGACGGGCGAUGAGGGCAAAAAGAAGGAGAAAAAGAAAUGAUAUGUCGCUAAACGAUGAAUACAGAGAGAAUGCUUAA